AAAAAAUCCAAUAGUAGAACUAGAAGGUGGCCUUAGAGUGAGCGCGCACUCACCCACCCACUCGCAGGCGCAGCGUAGCCUCUUCCCCCAUCGACCCUUGAAACUCUCGCACCAGUCCUAAAAACCCUAGAAAUCAGGGUUUCUUCAACCCACAAAUUCACUUCCUUUCCCUUUAAUUUCCCGCAAACCUUGAUUCAAAAUCUCAAAUUCACGAACAAAAUGGACGAUAUUGAAGACGAUGCUAGGUUUCCACCAAAAGCCCUUUCUUUCAAUCGCUCGAGAAAAGGUCCUGUAUACUCUCACUACAAUCAUGAUUACGUCGUCGACGAUGAUGACGACGAUGUCGAAUUUGGUGAAGACAACGAUCGAGAUUCCGACGACAACUAUAGCUCUAGAAGGUAUUCCCACAAUUUCGAUCAACAAAACAAUGAUUUCGAUAGAUACCCGAAGAGGCAAAAGCUGAAAAGCUCCGUUUCCAAUUAUGAAUUCGUUCCGAGAAGUGGGAGAUUGUUGUCGUAUGAGGACGGUAAUUUCUCCCCGGAUUGGAGUGAGCACGAGAAAUUCGUGCUUUUGGAGGUUUGGGGAGAUAGGUUCUUGCAAUUGGGCAGGAACAGCCUAAGAUCCGAUGACUGGGUCGAGGUAGCAGAGAAAGUGUCGGAGUCAUCAAAAAUCAAGAGAACAGAAGCUCAGUGUAAACUAAUGAUGGAUGUUUUGAAGAGAAAAUAUAAAAAAGAGAAGGCAAAAGGUGUUAAUAAUAGCAAAUGGGCGUACUUUAGAAAAAUGGAUAUGUUAAUGAAGCAAGAAUUUGGAGGUGGCAGUGGGUUUAGUUUAGCUUGUGGGGUGGAUUCAGGAGAAUUUGUAUUCAUGGACACGCAUGUGUAUUUGGACCGUGCAAAUGGGAAUGAUGAGAUGCGAGAUAGUCCAUGUGAAUCAGAGGAUGAAGAGGAAGAGGAGAAGGGGGAGAGGGGUGGCGGAAAUGAGGGGGUGAAGGGGUUGAAAGUGUUGGCAGAUUCAGUGCAGAAGUUUGGGGAGAUAUAUGAGAAGAUAGAGAGUAGUAAGAGGGAACAGAUGAUGGAAUUGGAGAGGAUGAGGGUGGAAUUUCAGAGAGAGUUGGAGUUGCAGAAGAAGCAAAUUUUGGAGAGGGCGCAGGCAGAGAUUGCCAAAAUAAGGGAAGGAGAUGAUGAUGAAGAGGAUGUAGAGGAUACUGAUGAUGAAGAUGAUUCUGGAGAAGAAGUCAGUGAAUAAUGUAGGUAUCCAGGUUUUUUGAAGGGGAAGUCUUGGCAUUCCAAUGUUUAGAACCUUGGUAGAAAAAUCUUAGCAUCAUGGGAGUGUUAUAUGGAGAAAGGAAUUUCUACUGCCCGUUUUCUACUCGGAGAGUGCCAAAAGGUGCCUACAUCCUUGGAAGCCCAAGGUUUUAUUAAUCUGUUGGGCAUAAUGGUUUUCUAUUGGUUACCAACAUUUUCUUUUGAUUGGAGUUUAAAUAAUAGUCUUCCUCGACCAAAUGUACCCUUUGUAUUGUAUGUCUUGCUCUCAUAUCGCCAAGAAUUAAGAUGUUCUGAUUAUAUAGCUUGUACAUUUAUCCUCUUGUCAACAGUUGAAGUAGUUUCCACUGAAUCAUUGAAAUAAAUUUGCCUUCUUUUGUUCCUCA